UCAGGCACUAAUCUAACCAGCCUAGCAAAGGUUGGCCAUAUCUGUCUUUACUCUUAUUUUACUGAUCCGAUCAUCUUGCCCCGUUUCUUCCACGUCACAAACAGGCCAGGCUGGUUGUUUGGAAAUGAAGCUGCGUCUUCUUCUUUGGUUCUGCCUCUGCCACCAGGGAUUGACUAAUGGGCCCAGUCCAGAAGCUCCGGAUGUUUCUGGUCCUGUAGAUGAGGAGGCGGAGAAAAACGAAACAGUUCUCAAUUGUAGAGGAAGCCGAAUGUUCAGCCCAAAAGAACACCAGGCAGUAGGGGGCACCGUAGAACAACUUGGUUUACAGCUCCUGGAAAAUCUUCCUGUUGGUCCACAGCAGCCAAACGUCGUCCUCUCACCUCUCAGCCUGGCCUUUGCCCUCGCUCAGCUCACCUUAGGUGCUCGCAACGAGACAGAGACGCUGCUGCUAAAGACCCUUCGUGCUCAGAAUCUGCAGUGUUACCAUCACACACUGGGAAACCUUGUCCAUCAUCUCAGCAACACAUCACUGGAUGUGGCAGCACGCAUGUAUAUGAGACGAGGUUUUGAAGUGAAGUUGUCUUUUGUCGUGGACUCUUUGGCCAGGUACCGAUCACAGCCUGUUCCUCUGGUUUCGGUGGAAGAAGUCAACCAGUGGGUGGAGGACGCCACCCACGGUCACAUUCCCAACUUCCUGGAAACUAUUCCUCACGAUGUGGUGCUCAUGCUCAUGAACGCUGUGUACUUCAAAGGUGAAUGGCAGACUCGAUUUGACCCGUUAUCCACCUCAAAGGGAGUCUUCUACGUGGACAGCAAGAACUCAGUGUCAGUGGACAUGAUGAAGUCGGCACAUUAUCCUGUCCGCUUCCUGGAUGAUCCAGAGCUAGACGCACAGGUCGCCAGUUUUUCCUUCAAGGGAAACACCAGCUUCCUUAUCGUCCUGCCGUUGCCAGGCAGAGAAAACGUGUCCUCUGUGCUUCCCAAACUGAACAUUUCCGACCUCUACAGGCGUCUACCUCAGGAGAAAACCAUGCAGGUCAACUUACCAAAGGUGAAGCUGCGGUACCAUCAUGAGCUCCAGGAGGCGCUGACCAGCAUGGGACUCGGCUCGCUGUUUUCCGGUCCUGACCUCUCUGGGAUUUCAGAUCGGCCUCUAAAGGUGACCGGCGUCCGCCAUGCCAGCACUGUAGAGUUCAGCGAGGAAGGCGUGGAGGCAUCCGCCACCACCGCCGUGACCUCCAUGCGCUCCGUCUCCCUCUUCUCUGUCAACUCCCCCUUCCUCUUUGCUCUCGUCGACGACGCCUCCCUGGUCCCGCUCUUCAUGGGCGUCGUCACAAACCCCGCCCCGGCCCAUGACGCCAUGCCCAAGGAUGACCCUCACGGCAACAGUACCAUGAGUGACCAACCUGAGACGGACAGUGUGAGGGAGAGAGACAUUAGCAGCAAAGAAAGCAGCAGGUUGCAGUCAGCCGGCGGCAGCGGGGCUCGGCCAUGCGGUGCCCCCGCUGGUGAACAAGAGCAGCUGCGGAGCGGAAAUGAACUGGAGGGCAGCGUUGAUCAGAACACCACGCGAGAAGAAGAAACCUGCUCCACGCCCGUUUAAAAGAAACGUUUGCUGAGUUAGACGUUUAGAUUAGCGCUGAUCUUCAUGGUAGGCUUAAGACUUAAUUUUCUGUUUUCAGGGUCCGCAGAGAGUUCCAUGUCACAGACUGUAUAUAAAAGUGGACGUGGUCUUCAAGUUGCAAAGCAAAGUCCGUUUUUUUUUUCUCUAAAUAUGAACAUCAUUUACAAAGCUGACACAUCACAUCCCACUGAAGAAGAGCCAAAAUUAGUGAUUGAGUCCUUUUUUUGCAAUCAGCGGUUGUAGCCCCCUGGUGGCUGACUGCUGCUUCCAUUCUUCUUCCUUAGCUUCGCCGAUCAAACCAGAAGACCACGUCCACUUCCUAUAUACGCUCUCUGUUCCACACGUGUUGAAAGUCAGACGUAUGAAUUUACACAGCCUCAUCCAUUUCACACACAAGUCCGUUUGAUGCGUGUGUCUUCUGGGCGACACAUGGACGUCUGCAUAGACGACAGAUUAUUGUCUAAUCUCUGCAAGAAAACACAACAUGAUUCCUCGUUAAAAUCAGACACGCGACGCGCGACAAACGCCUCGCCCUCUUGUUUUUCUUGAAGCGGUUGGAGAAACAUCGGCGUCCACAGCUCGAGUUGAUGAAACACCAGGUUUCUGCAGACUAGGGAUGUUUUUAUACAUUUCACAUGUUCAGAUUACGACGUCAAUGAUGAUGAAAGUGCUCCUCACAGGGGUUCCUCAGAGAAAAAACGUUACUCAAGCCGUUUUGUCCAUUUUUGCAAUGUGAUGACUUUAAUUCACGUCACGGAAAACAAAAGGUUGACAGGAGAAAGUGUUUCUGAUGCGAGAAGACGUCGGGAUUUGUUUGUGGAGAAUCGGUUUAUUAAAUAAUUCACUUUG